AUGUCCUUUUCUGUAGAAGAUGCCAAAGAAACCCCUCAUUGCAGGCUCAUGACACAACUCUACCAGCACAUUGUGGCUUUGGUGUUUGCUGUAAAGGAGAUCAAUGACAACCCACGAAUCUUGCCCAAUGUCACCUUGGGAUUCCACAUCUUGAACAGCCAUUUCGUUGCAAGCUGGACCUAUCAUGGCUCCAUGGAGCUGCUGUCUGGAUGGGGCAGACUCAUCCCUAACUAUAAGUGUGGUGUUGAGAACAGUCCAGCAGCCGUCAUCGGGGGACCCAAUUCUGACGUCUGUCUCCACAUGGCAACUGUCCUGAGUAUCUACAAGAUGCCGCAGUUCAUCUAUGGCUCUUCUCCUGUGAUGACUAGCCACAUCCAAGAGGAGUUCUUUCACCGGAUGCUCCCUGAUGUGGCUCAUCAAUAUAACGGGAUUCUCCAGCUACUGCUGCAUUUCAGCUGGAUGUGGAUUGGGGUGGUGACUCUGAGUGAUGACAACGGAGAGAGAUUUGUACAAAACGUCCUUCCCAUGUUUGCCGGAAGAGGUAUCUGCUGUGAUUAUACAGAAACAUUUCCCAAACUAACCUUUUCGGGUGAGUCUAUGGAAAUGGUGGAGGAAGGUUCUAAAACAAUCAGUGUUAUUAUGGGUAGCACCGCCAAUGUUGUGGUUGUGAUUGGUGAAAUUCAGUCCAUGAUGGUACUGAGAAUAUUACCAACCAUGGCAGAAACAAUCAAUAUGCCAGUGAAAAUCAAGGCAAAAGUCUGGAUUAUGACUGCCCAGAUGGAUUUUACAUCGUUUUCCUUUCAAAGAAAUUGGGACAUGCAUUUUCUCCAUGGUGCCAUUUCGUUUGGAGUUCAUUCAGCUAAUCUUCUAGGAUUCCAAAAAUUUCUGCAGGUGAGAAACCCAGUUACAGAAAGGGAGGAUGGCUUCAUCAGAACUUUCUGGGAAGAGGCGUUUCUUUGUUCUUUACCCCUUCUUCCUUUCGAAAAGAAAGACAAUGAACUCUGCACUGGGACAGAGGAGCUUGAGACUCUUCCUGGGUCUGUCUUUGAAACGAGCAUGACUGCCCACAGCUACAGCAUCUACAAUGCAGUCUUUGCAAUGGCACAUGCUUUACAUAACAUGCAUUUCUCCAGAUUCCAACACAGUGCAGUGAUGGAUGAACUGAGAGGGGAGAGGCUGGAUCCACAGCCAUGGCAGGUAAUGUCCCUCUGUCGCUAA